AUGAGGCCACCUAACAUUCAUUUGAUCGCCGUCCUAUCGGUGCUUCUACUGCUCUCUUGUCUUUUGAGCAGUGCAACCGGGCUUGGCCCCCAGCAGCAUCGGAAUGCUCGCAAAGAUGUUCGCGGCAAUAAUUUCAUCGAAGCUCGCAAUCCCUUGGGUAGCGCUCUCGCUGAUGACUAUGGUCCACCUCCUCCCUAUUAUACUGGGGAGCCAGUUGCUCCAACUGAUUUGACUUCUCAUCACUCUCUUGAGGACACCACUGCAACAGAAACUCAGACUGGAGUUUCCCAAGCUAGUGUGACAUCCAAGUCAAAUGUUUCUUCUCACUAUGAUACUGUCUCCUCUGACAGCUCUUCUCUCUCUGUAUCCUCAGCACUCGAAACCGGCACUGCCAUGAUAACUGUCGGUUCAAGCGCUAAGGCUGGCAGUACAUCCGGCUCCGAGGCAUUGUCCAGUGCUCACCUAACAGCUUCGGGCUCUUUCCUUGGGAGCGAGGCUUCUGGUGCCGGAGCUUCCUCAUUUUCACUUGGACAAGUAUCUGCUAAUUCUUCGUUGACUGGCACUUAUCUCUCCGUGGGUACCUCAUCGCCCGGGACGGCAACUGAAUUGCCUUCAGGUUCUACCUCAUCUGCCACACUCUCCGGUUUCUUUAAUGAAACAAAUACAAUCACUGAGAGCGUCUCCCGCACACAAAGAGUGUCGAGUGCUGAAACUUCAAGCGAUGUCACUACAACGGAGCUUGCUUCUGGCCUCGAAAGUAGCGCAACAAAGGUUGGGUCGACAACAACGACAACAAAAAUGCUUAAUGUUACGGUGACAGUCGCCCCCAGUUCUUCAAGUGGUAUUUCAUCAAGCCUUUUAUCUUUGACUGUCCCCAUGACUGCAGACGAAACCACGACAAUCACGGUCAUCCCACAACAGAACUCAUCUGAAGUUUCUACUGAGGGUCUUGCUACCGAUACUGAUUCGGCGGUGGACUCAACAUUGGGCAGUCUGGCCAUUGAAUCAACCAAAUCUGUCACAAUCCAAAGCACUUUGACCGAGGUUGCUAUUUCGGAAUCGACUCAAAGGUCCACCCUGGCUUCGAGCAUUCCUGUCAAUGCAACGUUGAGCUUCACUACUACUACUGCCUACUUCACUACAACAGUUGGAGUUCCUGUAUCAUCUUCUGUUCUGUCAAACACCUCUGUAAUUUCAAGACCUACUAUCGUUGCUUCCGAUGACUCGUCGGGGGCUGGAACAGGAGACUCAUCGGCAAUCGUGACGUCUAUUACUGUUGCCUUUUCCACCACAGUUACCACGAGCAAGACAUACACUGCACUCAACGCCACCUCGCCAGCAACAAGCUCUUCUUUCUCUUCAGUUCCCACCUCCGUGGCUAGCGCGAGCGUUGACGUUUCCGAGUCGAAUAUCGCUACAGCCUCUAACCAAACAUCUUCAGAGACUUUCUUUGCAUCAACAGCUCUGCCUAUCAGUGAGACCUCUGGCUCCGUCACCGAGUCCUUCGCUGUGACUACUGUGUCUGAAGGCUCGGUUAUUACUAUCUUUCCCGGCGGUAUCAUUCCAACUGGGAGUGCUACAAGUAUGAUGAACAACUCGGUUUCCACACAGUAUUCCACCUCUGCCCCUUCGCGCUUCAAUUCGUCAAUGUCUAUCAAACGGACUUCAUUGUCUUCUGAGACAGACUCCUGGUUUGACUGGCCGACUUCGACACUGACGACUUCACAUGCUUCGGAAGCUACUUUGGAGGUCCCGUCACUUUCUUUUCCAACCUCUUGGCUUUCGAUCAUUACCACGCCAAUGACGCCUCCCAGUGUGUCUACUACGUCAACUCGAAGCCCAUCUGAUGGCUCGGUACUUGGUAAUGUCACGGUGAUCAAGACAACAAUGACUUCCACCAUCACUAACAGUCUCGCACCAACAAGCUUAUCCUCGUCUGGCAAUGUCACGGUGACCCAUACCACUAGUGGGUACAACUUUUCUAAAAGUGUGGGAUCCAGCAAGAGCACACUCAGUUCUCAGUCGACCUCCCUCGACAGCUUUCCUGGUAUCAGUACCAUCAUCAUAUCUAAACAGCCUACCAACUUCCCCUUUCCAACCAACACAAGCUUGGUUUGGCAGUCAGAAACAUCUCCAGUGUCACUCUCUGAAUCUGACAAAACCAUUGGCCCCAAAGGCAGUGAUACUACAAUCUCUAUGACCACAGUUGGAUUCAAUAGCACUACUCCUUAUAUCAACUCGACUACCAUUACGGCCAGUGAAACACAUACUUCAAGUAAUAGGGAUGAGACGCCGUCCAUAACUACUGCAGGGGCCUCUGGGUCGUGGAACACGACCAACAGCGCUCAGUGGUUCACCAACUCAACUAUCCAUACAAUAGUUACCGCUACCCGCACUGGCUCGGAUUUCGUUUCUGGAAUUCGAACUUUGAGCGACACAGCUGCCGUCACUCCUCAACCGCCCGCUUCGCUAAACGUUACACUCACCACUACAUCAGGCAGUACCUAUAGCAAAAUGGUCACAGAUGUGAAAGUCACUAUCAUUAUGCCAACUCUCUCGACGACAUCUGUGAGUAAUUCACUCCCAACGGUAUCGACCAGCAUGGCCCCCUUCCCUCUUCCAUCAAACACCACAUUGACGGGAACUGGCGCUUCCCUUCCACCAAGUGGUACAGGGCCUCGUGUCACCAUUACCGGAACCCUGGGAGAUUUUUCAACAUCCAGUGUGACCAUUUCACCAUCGAUCAGGACAACCUACCGCACUGUAAAUACCACAGUAGGUGGCACUACGACUGAUACUUCGGCGUCUGCUUCGGGCACAAAUGAGCCACUCUUCCCGGUCUCCAACUCAACUAGCCCGGGCACUGCUACCAGUCUCUCGACAAUCGUUUCAUGGAGGCCAGAUCCCGAGCCAUGGACGAGCUGGCCAACAUUGAGCCUCACGAAUGAGCCAAGUAUCUCGACGUUGACUGUAAACAGCGAGAUUUCACAGUGGACUUCAUACACUCGAACUAUCACCAAGUCUUUGACUCCUACUCUCGUAGAGCCAAGUAUAUCCCACUCUUCUGUUCACAACGUUAGCAGUGUAACCUCGGGGUCAACCUCUUAUACUCGUACCACGACUUUGACCCUCACAACCAUUUUGGAAGAGCCCAGCACUUCCCUGCCCACCAGUGACAACAGGAGUAGUGCAACCUCAGAGUCCAUUUCAUAUACUCGUACAACAACCGUAUUCCGGACUACGACUUUGGGAGGGCCAGACGCGCCCUCGUCUGCCCUCAACAGCUCAAGCGGGGGUGCUUCGUUGUCAACUUCAUACACUCGUACUACGACAUUGACUCUUACAACUACUUUGGGACAACCCCCAACAUCUCAAGUAUCUGGGGCUGCAGUUACAGAUUCAUCUGUUUCCACGUGGGCGAACGUGACCUCCGGGGUCACUGACUUCACGAGCACAGAGACUAUCUCAUUGGCCACCGUUACAUCGUCGCUCUCGGGAACACCGACAACUUUCUUGACAACUGGUAGCGCAAAGGGGGUGUCGACCAGCGUUGAGAGUUCCGUGUUGGCACCAAUCCCAGUGAGCAACUCAUCUUUAUCACAGGCUUCUGAAAGAACAUCUUCGGGGGUUGAUACUUUGACGAGCACGCACUUGUUGACUGGCUCAGCGGGAACAGCUACUCCAUGUGAAUCUACAUCUACUAGCUCAUCGACCUGCACGGAAUCAGUGUAUGACACCCCAACCCAUACAGCGAUUCCAGCUAGCAGCGAUUGCCUGACUGCAACGAAUGGACCAGACUUAUCGCUGUCGUACGUAUCGGCAGUAACAGCCACUGAAGACGUCUUAUCGGCCUGCAACACAACAAGCAGCACGGUACAUUGGUCAAACAUGACUCACACAUUUGGAGUAAAAGAAACAGAAACAAGCACCUACCAGCCGCUCACAACAUUGCGGACAGUCACAAAAGCGUGGACUGAAGAAGAAUCGGGCUCGACUGGGGAUGACUAUCCCACGCCCACAGACAUGGUCCCUGAGGAUCCCAACUUUCCAUGGGGAAAUGACUCCCCAAUCCAUCGUCAUCAGAACUCGUCUGAGCUUGGCCCUGGCGAAAAUGACGGCGAUGGCGAUGGAGGUCUGAGUAAGAGAAUCAACUGGCGCCUACGGUGGGAGAAUGUCAGAGACAAAGUGGAAGGUCUCUGGCAUGGACAGGCUUUGAAGUCAGAAGACUAA